GUCUCUGUGUUAGUCCUGAGACAGACGAGAAGAUGAUGAGGUUACCAGUGAUGAGCGCACGCAUAACUUUCACCACCAGAGGGCGACAGAGUGAAGAAGGAGAAACGCCUUUUGAUAGCGACGCCUUUGGCUUGCCGUACCUUUCCUCCUCGGCUUCCGUAGCAGAGACAACAUGGUGCUGGAGAAGAAAAGCUCCGCUCGGGUGGAGGCGGGCCAGCGGAGGGUUUUGGACGACGCCACCCGUCAGAGACGUUUGACUCGUCAGCUGGAGGCUCUGGAGAAAGACAACUUCCAGGACGACCCCCUGUCCUCGCUGCCCCCCCCAGGUCCCACUGCCCGCCUCCCCGCCUUCAGCGAGACAGAGGAACCAGAGAAGAAGAAGAGGAAGACGCGAGGUGACCACUUCAAGCAGCGUUUCAGGAAGAACUUCACCACGCUACUGGAGGAGGAGCUGACCCCUCCUCUCGCCUGUGAUUGGCAGAACCUGUCUGAGAAGCCAGAGCCCACCUACCUGUCUGCGGCGGCGCCUCCGUCCUCGCUGCCCCCCCGUCACUUCUGCUGCGUCUGUGGCUUCCCGUCGCACUACACCUGCACCACCUGCGGGGGGCGCUACUGCAGCAGCAAGUGUCUGUGCACACACAGAGAAACCAGGUGUUUGAAGUGGACGCUAUGACGGAGGACACGGCAUGACGCUGGCUUGGCUUAGCUUAGCUUAGCUUAGCUUAGCUUAGCUUAGCUGAGAGGAAUGGGACCAGAUGUUUGAGGUGGAUGCUGUAACAGAGGACACAGCAGGACACUCUGUACAGCGGCUUAGCUUAGCUUAGCUUAGCUUAGCUGCUCUUUCUGUUUUUUUUUUGGAAAUGUAUUUCAUGUUUUCUAUGUUGUUCUAUGUCUCAGUUCUGUUGUUUUUACAUGACCUUCAGAAAUAAAUGAACAUUGACUCAG